AUGUCAAGUACUUUGCCCUUCUGGAUCUUAAAUUCUGCAAGGAACAGCAUUGCCACGUUACAAGGGGGCAGACGUUUGUAUUCAAGGUGUGCCUCAAAUAGAAAUAAAUCAAGAUGGAGACUCUUUUCCCAGGGACCAGGCACCCUGAAGAGCAGUGCCCCGUGCAAUGGCUUUGCCUUGCAGAAAGCCUACAGACACACAUCAACAGAGGAAGACGACUUCCACUUGCAACUCAGCCCUGAGCAGGUGAAUGAAGUGCUGCGAGCCGGUGAGUCGGCUCACAAGAUCCUCGACCUCGUCAGUGGAGCCCCAAAUUCAGUGUUACGGUUUGAGAGCAACCAACUGGCUGCCAAUUCCCCAGUGGAGGACCGGCGAGGUGUGGCUUCCUGCCUGCAGACCAGCGGGCUGAUGUUUGGCAUCUUCGAUGGACAUGGUGGCCAUGCAUGUGCUCAAGCAGUGAGUGAGAGGCUCUUCUACUAUGUGGCGGUGUCGCUGAUGUCCCAGCAGACCCUGGAGCGGAUGGAGGGAGCCAUGGAGAGCAUGAAGCCCCUGAUGCCCAUCCUGCAAUGGCUCAAGCACCCAGGGGACAGUAUCUACAAGGAUGUCACGUCAGUGCACCUUGAUCACCUCCGUGUCUACUGGCAGGAACUGCUUGACCUGCACAUGGAAAUGGGACUCAACAUUAAGGAAGCAUUAAUGUAUUCCUUCCAGAGACUGGAUUCUGACAUCUCGCUGGAAGUCCAGGCCCCCCUGGAAGAUGAGAUGACGAGGAACCUUUCACUCCAGGUGGCCUUCUCUGGGGCUACAGCUUGCAUGGCCCAUGUUGAUGGAGUUCACUUGCAUGUGGCAAACGCUGGUGACUGUCGGGCCAUCCUUGGGGUCCAGGAGGACAAUGGCAUGUGGUCUUGUCUGCCCCUCACACGCGACCACAAUGCCUGGAACCAAGCUGAGCUGUCACGGCUAAAGAGGGAGCACCCUGAAUCAGAGGACAGGACAGUCAUUGUGGACAACAGGCUGCUGGGCGUGCUCAUGCCCUGCAGGGCCUUCGGGGAUGUCCAGCUGAAGUGGAGUAAAGAGCUGCAGCGCAGUGUCCUGGAGAGGGGCUUUGACACUGAGGCCCUCAACAUUUACCAGUUCACCCCCCCACACUACCACACUCCACCCUACCUGACUGCUGAGCCUGAGGUCACCUACCACCGGCUGAGGCCCCAGGAUAAGUUCCUUGUGUUGGCCUCAGAUGGCCUGUGGGACGUGCUGGACAAUGAGGAUGUGGUGAGGCUGGUGGUGGAGCACCUGGCAGAAGCAAGUCGGCACAAGCCGGACCUGGCCCAGAGACCCGCCAACCUAGGACUCAUGCAGAGCCUGCUGCAGCACAGGAGAGCCCAGGUGCUGCGCGCGGCCGACCAAAAUGCAGCCACGCGUCUGAUCAGACAUGCCAUAGGGAGCAAUGAAUAUGGGGAGAUGGAACCGGAGCGGCUAACAGCGAUGCUGACUUUGCCAGAGGACUUGGCGAGGAUGUACAGGGAUGACAUCACUGUCACCGUGGUGUAUUUUAACUCAGACUCAAUUGACGCAUAUUACAAAGGGGGUUAAGAGUGUCCCGUAUUGCCAAGGUUAACUUAAAUGCUUUUCUAAGGGGCGCCUGGGUGGCGCAGU